AUGGCUCCUGAGGAUUCUGCUAAGGUCGAGAUCGUCAAAGAGUUCAAUAAGUUCGACUUGUACUCGAAGGGGGACGACUUGCCUGAGGUGGCUCAGCUCGAACCCCUCUACCUGGCCCUAGCCGAGAAGUACGGUCUUGGCGGCAAGAUUCGUUGGUAG